GACAAAGUUGUGUCGCGUGUGUCGACGACAUGGCGGUUGACGGAGGCGCGGCGGCCGCGACGACGGCAGAAGCGUCCUUCUCCAGCACCACUCUCUCGCACACGGGGACGGCAUUCAUUUCAGCGAUUGAACCCUGCAUGCAACGUUCUGUAGACGACACGUCGCUGAAUGGCCUGGCGCCGAUUCGGCCGUCAACUUUCUUGUACAGCCAUCCCACCUGCGUCCGACACCGCGUGAAAGGACACCCGGAGCGCCCCGAACGGUGGAAUUCUCCAUGGUGCAGGGAUGCUGAUCUUUGACGAUGGCUAGAGUCCAAGUCAUUCUCGACCGCUUGGUCGAUGUGUUUCCGAUGAUUCCGCACGUCACGACUGCACCGCAAGCGACAUUAGAGCAACUCCACGCGUUUCACACACCCCUUCACGUGAACUCAGUGUUGAAGUGGUGCGGCAAAAUCGAACGCUCCAUGGAGGAACUGGACCGCCUCGCGACGGACUCCCGCCCUGCUUCGGCUGCGCGGCGAGAUGUCUUGAAGCAGUACUCUUGCCUAGAUAUCGAUGGCGACACGACCAUCAUGCGCUACACUCGCGAGGCAGCGUUGCAUGCCGCGGGCGCCGCGUGUGCUGCCGUUGACGCCGUCAUGACCGGAGCAUGUACAAAUGCAUUUUGCGCGGUUCGACCGCCAGGGCAUCACGCCGAACCUCACAAAGCAAUGGGGUUCUGCUUCUUCAACAACAUCGGCGUCGCGGCGAUGCAUGCCAUUCACGCGCACGGCGUCCGGCGAGUGGCCAUCGUGGACUUUGACGUGCACCACGGCAACGGCACCGACACCAAAGCGCGGCGAGCAGCACCGGGCGAGCUGCUGUACAUAUCGACGCAUCAAAAGCCUCCUUGCUUUCCAGGCACGGGCAUCGCUGCCGACAACACGAGCAAUGUGUGCAAUGUCGAGAUGGACGAGUCGACAUCAUCGGCCACGUUUCGAAGCAAGUUUGUCGACCACGUCGAGCCCAAGCUGCUGGCGUACAAUCCCGAGCUGCUCUUGAUCAGCGCUGGCUUUGACGCCCACCGCGACGACCCGCUCGCCAACGUGAACCUCACGGCCGACGACUUUUACUGGGUCACGUCGCGUUUGGUGGACGCUGCGAUCGCAGGCGCAUCUUGCCGUGGCCGCAUCGUGUCUGUGCUGGAAGGAGGCUACCAUCUUCGUGCGCUCGCAGACUCGGCGGAAGCGCACGUUCGCGCGCUGACGGAAUGUUUUCGCGCGCUGCCCGCCCCCCACGACGACCAGAUCGUCGCAGUUGAGCUGUGCCAAGGGAUGGAACGAGUGACCGUUUGCGACGCGCUCCGACCAUCCCUGCGCUUGACGCUCUCGAGCGUCCACUGCAAGGCCAAGCAUCUCAAAACCGUCGUGGUCGUGCUCGCCGGCGGCAUGGACGUCGAAGCGCAAUGGAUGCAGCUGCGUCAAGCGGCGGCGGCGAAGCUCAACAUGAAAAAGUCGCACAAGCUCCGGACAAAGGAGGGUCGCGUUGUUGAGGCGGCCGACGCGCUGCUGGCGCUCGCCAACGACGCCGUGUUAUACAUGUCGUAGUUUAUCGCACGAGUCGCUCUACUUUGGCGCGGAGAGGAGGCUCUCGAGGUUGGCCUUGAGCUGGUCGUUGGCCUUUUUGAGGAUGUCGACUUCAUCGUUGUGCUUCUUCUCAUCCGACAAGCGCUUCUCUUCUUCGCGUUUUUGAAUCGCAUCGCAGCGCAGUUUAAGC